CUUCACAGGUAAUCCCCAUCCCAACUUUUGCCUCCACAAUCGCUCCCCGUUGUUCUCUUUUCCUUCCUAUCAGCUCUCAGAAUGACUAGUUAUGAGGUGAACCGAUCCUUGAUCCCGCAUAACAAUGAGCCAUGGGCCAUGACGGGAUUUGGGUGACCCAUUCCGAACACCGUCUGGAGCUUCGACAAUCACGGUACGCAGUAUCACCAAAGCCUUGUUCUUAUUUCCCCACCACCUCCAGUCUAUUUGGUCUUAGGGCUGGCCGUGGCUUAAGUUUCUCUCUUACUAUUCUUCCACGCCCCCCUCCCCAAACACAGCAGAGCAACAAAUCUGAAGAAGUGUGUAUGCACACGGGCCAGUGGUUUUUGUUUCGUUUUACCUUUUCUUUUAUUCCCUUUUUCUUUUUUUUACUUUUCAUACUUUUUUUUUCUUUCCCACCCCCAACUGCACACCCCUCCCUGUCCCUCCUCCCCACUUCUUUCCCCUUUCCAAUUGCAUGUUCGCUUUCCCGAACGGUCUUCCCCCGAAACUCACCUGGUCUUUUCUCCAUUCAAGUUCUGUUUCUCUCUAUCUAUUAUUAUCUUUCGUCAUUGCCAUCUUCUCUUUUCGGUAAAUGUUUCAAGGAAGCCACCUGGAAAAUUAUCUACCUAGCUUUUCUGAAAUCUGCAAUCGCCACCCACUUCGGUCCAGUUUCUCUUCCUUAUGAUGUUGAUUGUUAAUGCAUCUCAAGUUCUUAACGCUGCCUAGAUCCUCCGAUCAUCCAAUAAGAAAUCCUGAUUCUUCAGCGUACUACUACUACUAGUACUACUAAGUACGUCGUUUUAGUGACCGCCGUCGACACAGACCUAAGGGCAGCUGU